AUGCAAGAUCCCCCACACUGGAGUUUGAUACUUUGCACCCCAGGUUGACGUUGUCCGAGGACCUUCUUUCCAUAAGCUACUUCUGGAGGAGGAGGUUUUAUGCCUCAAAUCCACAGAGGUUUGACAGCCUCUGGCAGGUUUUGAGCAGAGAUUCUUUCUGCGCCGGGAGUCAUUACUGGGAGGUGGAUUUGCUCCAAGCUGGCCAAGGAUGGUGGAUCGGGGCCGCUUACCCUUCCAUCAAGAGAAAAGGAGACUCCGAACUUUGCCGGCUGGGCUGGAACCGCGAAUCCUGGUGUAUCAAAAGGUUUGAUUUUGAAUACUGGGCAUUCCACAAUGGGGAAAAAAUCCCAAUACAAACAGAAAACGAUCCAGAACGAGUUGGCGUUUUUCUGGAUUACGAAGCCGGGCUCCUGUCUUUCUAUAAUGUGACAUUCGGGAUGGCACACCUGCACACCUUCCGCUCCAAGUUCACUGAGCCAGUUCGUCCAGCACUGAGGUUGUGGGAAGGGACUAUAACCAUCCGUAAGCUAUCCUGA